AUGGCGACAAGGUUCACAAGAUCAAGACUUUUCUUAGAACUGUUCAUUGCAAGUUAUGAGAAAGUUCACAAGUCGGAAGGAAAAAUCAUUGGUGUCGUUUUGAGGCAGACCCGUAUUGAGACAAUACAUCCUUUAGAAGUGAUCAAUAUUCAUUCGUACAAGACCGGAACCACAUACGCAUAUAAGAAAUUAUGGAAUUCGCAAAAACAGUCGACAAAUGAAUGUAAUCCGCAGUGGGCAGGACACGUCGCAGAAAAUGUAAAGGAAGUUAUAGAAGAAGAAUGCGUUUUCAUUUAUUUCUCGGGAACUGGUUCAUUCGCCAAAUUCCUGUCAUUUGAUCUUUAA